AUGCCCCAUACACUGACCGCUCUGGAUGGCCACGGAAACGACUCGCCAGAAGUCCUUGUGAAGGGCAGCCCAGUUCCAAUGUCAAACCCUGCCAAAAGGAAGACCUGUGACGCUGAGGAUUACUGGCCUCAGGAUGACCCUGACCACUGGUCAUACAAUGAAGACUCACAGGUGACCAUAGAAAUGCUAAUCUCGACUGGAGAGGUGUCAUGGCGAGGUAUUCAAUACGGACCUGUUUCUGAGCAUUGCAACACAGCGCCACCAGAUCAAGAUGGUCAUGAAAGGAGACGUUAUCCGAAGACUUCAGUAGAACUGCCUGCAGAAGGGCUCCCAGUCCGCUUCAAGAGCAUCAUUCAAACCUUUGCCUGGCCGGACAAGUUUUUGAAAGUGAUAGCUGAGACAUAUGGAGAACGCUGGCUUCUCAAAAGGUUGUGGAACUGGAGGUGGAACUUGAGCACAGCCUUUAGUGGUAUAGGAGCUGCUGAGAGUGCGAGCCUGAGCCUUCAGUCCGCAGCUCACAAGUUUGUGGUUGAAAAGACAGGGUUCAAGAAACCGUUGAGGAAUGUCCGUCUUGGAUCCAGUUGUGAAGUAUCCACAACGUGUCAGACCGUGUUGGCACAGACGUACAACCACUGCAACUACCCUGACAUCAUGGAUAUCCAGUUGGGUGCUACAUGCGGCAACUACUGCAGCACACAUGGCAAAUUCUGCAAGCCUCAAAAGAAGACCAACACCCGUAGACCAGUUUGUGUAGCUUUCUCGCUGAUGGGACGUCGGCGGAAAGAACAGGACAUCUCAUUCAGAACACAUGAGAAAUACUAUCAGGAGUAUGGCAAAUCAAAUUCCGUUCUGAUUGUGGAGAACGUUACAGAAUAUUCUGAAGAGAUUGUGGCUGCUCGUUUGGGGCCGUCUUGGCGGAUUCAGGCGACCAGGCUAGACCCUCGUAUCUUCGGCAUGGGCGUUUCGAGGCCGCGGCUUUAUAUGAUUUGCUAUGACUCCGACCAUGUCCGGUGGGAUGCUGACUUCACGCUCAAUGAGUUCGUGACAGCUCUGGCGGCCAAACCAGUGCUUACUGCUCGGGACUAUUUUUGGGAGAAAGUUCCAAAGAAGAGACUCACAAAUGCGGAGGAACAGAACCUCAUGGCAUACCGUGCGUUGGAUUCCAAGAGAUACAAUAUUGUUGAUGUGACUCAAUAUGCCAAGAAUGGCAGACCUCGUGGGCAGCUGAAAGAUGGCUCCCUGAUGACACUGACUACAAAUUGCGGGAAGUUCUUCUCUGAGGAUCAUGGACGGGUCAUGGCGCCAAAGGAGUUACUGACAGCUCAAACUCUCCCAACGACGGACCGUCAAAGUGAGACAUGUGGCGCACCUAAGUUGAAUCUGCAAAAGAUUAAUUCAACAGCAAUCCCAAAGCUAGCUGGCAAUAGCAUGUCGGCGCCGUGUGUGGGAUGUGUGCUGCUUGCCGCAGUUUGCGCUAUUAAAGCCAACCGUUGA